GUCAGAGCGGUGGCGCGGGUGGAGAGACACUGCAUGUUGUCAAACAGAUGCGGUAAGGUCAGUCAGCAGUAAAAAAAAAAAAAAAAAAAAAGAAGAAGAAGAAGAAGAAAAAGGCCCACGUGCCGGUAAGAUUAGAAUCGGGUCGACAGAGCGUCCCGUUACCGGCGAGCAGUGCCUGUCUCAUCGAUUUCAUGGGCAAUGAGUGCUGACACAUCCACGCAGUCAGCGAAGACACGCGGCUCAGCCUCUCAGCGCGACGCCAGUUGAGGAGCGGGCGGAGGAAUGAGUUCCUGGGACGGGGGGCACUGUGUUUCCACUCUGAAACGUGACCAGCGGCGGUGUAAGGGCUGAACACCUGCACCACAUUUGGAUAAUAUGUCUCUGCUGAAACAGCGGGGGAGAGAGCUCGAGCGUUUCGACGGACUGUCACUCAUCUACUGGACACUAAUGGGUCCAUAUGGAGUAGAUCGAGCUGUUCAUUCCAUGGAGUUUACAGACUGUGAGAAUGGCCUGGGAAUUAAAGUCAUCGGUGGAGUGAAGGAGCAAACUGGAGAGGAGUUUGGAGUCUACGUGAAACGGAUUUUACCAGGAGGCCUUGCUUCAAGUGAUGGAAACCUGAUGCCAGGGGACCAGAUCUUGGAGGUGAACGGGGACAGUCUAGUAGGAGUCACAAGUGAAAGAGCUGUGGAUAUCUUGAGAGCCGCCUCUGCAACCAAUCACAUGCGCCUUCUCAUAGCCAGAGAUGAGGAAGCAAAGAGAGAAUUUGCUGAGCUGCUGGAGAAAUAUGGAUCCAAUGGAAGCACAGGAUCAACACGCAACUCUCCCAUCCAGCAAGGAGGUCGCUACCUGGAUAGUACAUCAUCUGGUUCCUCGUCCCGCUCUCAGAGUCCUUUGUUGCUGAGCCCAGCAGGCUCUCAGAACACAUACAACAACAGUGGGCCCAUGCUGCGCUCCCUCAGUCACCCAGGUGAAGGAGUGAUUCAACUUCUCUCAGUGGCACGAUCCAGCAGUUUAGGCAUCACCAUCGGAGGAGGCUCCAACAGGCCUGAUGGCCCUGCGGUCUUCAUUCAGGAGGUCCUGUCUGGAGGAGACUGUCACCGGGACGGACGUCUGAGGCCUGGAGAUCAGCUCAUUGCCAUUAACAAAGAGUCCUUGAUAGGUGUGACCCAUGAGGAGGCCAAAAGCAUGCUGAACAAAGUCAAAUUCAGCCAAGACAGUACGGUGGAGAUAGCCUUCAUCCCAGGUAAAGGACUUUUUCCAAGCAGCACGUCCCUGCACAAUGGAGUCCAGCGAGCUGCAGGAAACAGCUACAACUCGGGACGUUUAAAAGUCCACAUCAGAUCACCUGAGAUUUGUACAGAGGAGCCAGCCCCUGUGUCCUCACCCUCUCCUGACAUCUGCCCACCAGACAUUCAUGUUUCAGGUUCAACCAGCCAGAGAUCGCCGACAGGAGCAAAACCCAAGAUAACACUGGACCCCUACAUACGGCUCAAAUCAGACAAGUUAGACUUGGCCUUGUCCUUCCUUGGGUUGGAUGUCACAGAAGAGAAGAGGAAGAAGUUGAGACAGAAUCUGACCACAGACCCACAAGGCACUGUGGCUUAUGGAGACUUUGUGGAGGCCACCCGCAACGUCUUCCAGGAGAACCUGGAGGAGCUGGGUUUAGGGGCAGGUCCCUUCAUGUUUUCCUAUCAUGAAGCAGCCAGUCUGAUGGACACAUCGGCCUUCCAUUCACCUACAUAUGAAUCAGAAUGCAGCUACAGCAGUGAGGAGAUGGAGCAGUUUCAGACGGAGGUGAAGCAGCUGCAGACCCAGAUGAAGCAGCUCAAGGUGAUGCUGAAGGACAUGGAGCACAGCAAGAAAAACCUGGAGGAGGAGCUGCAGAAGACCUCAGAGAAAGCGUGUUUGACUGUGGAGGAAAACACCCGUCUGAAGAGUCGUCUGCAGGCAGCCGAGGCUGAGGCGGUGCAGCGUCACACCAGCGGCGCUGAGCAGGACUACGAGGAGGUCAUCCAGCUGCUGGAGGCUGAAAUCAGAGACCUGAAGAACCAGCUGGCCAGCAAAAAGCAAGCACGAGGAGUGGAGGCCACCAAGGUGAGUGGAUAUGUGUGUGUGUUUGACAGGAGGACUGUGAUGGAGCUGAACAGGAGGCUGACAACCGUUGACUGCCAGCUGAGGAAGUCAGAGCUGAGCAGGAAACACCUGGAGAUCUCCAACAAGAAACUACUGGGCUUUGCUCAGAACGUCCACAAAGUGUUGACAACACCCAGCCUGUUUGGAGGAGAGGGCGGGAGCAACCGGUCGUCUCCAGCCACUGACAGCCCCGAGACCCCGUCACCACUCCCUGAUCCUGCUUUCCAACUGGCUGUGGAGGCCAAGGAGCUGGUGGAGGGAGUCUGCAGCAUCGCUGCUGAUGGCAAAGCAUCAGAGAGUGCGUCAGAGGCGGCGUCAGUCCCAGAUGUCACUCCUCAUCAUAUGUGAGCAACAAAGAGAGGACAAUGGGAUGGCCCGGGCAGGCUGAAGAGGGCCGAACGAGCCACAGAACCCACGUCUGAAUACCCUGCAGUCGACAGCCAGACACGAUGCCAUCCAAUACAAUUCCUGGAAAUAAUGACAUCACUUCAAUCGAUCCGAAUCCUCAGUUCACGCUGACAGAUUGAACACAACACAACAGCCAAUGUUUUAAUGCCAAAGCUUGCUAGCACACAAUCAAAUUAGUGUCUUCCUUUGAAUCAUCUGUCUUUCCUGAGGGUUCAGCAGUGGGGUGUGUUGAACUCAGCCGUGACCCGAGGACUCUCAUUCAACAACAAAUCAUAUGUACAGAAGUCUCUAUGAGAAGUGCUCUGCCAAAUAAAGAAAAAAAAUUGCUGGAAUUCUCUUUUGUGUUAGUCUAACAGCAGGUGGUGUUGGAGGAGCUGCAUGACCCGAGUCCACAACACACACAUGCUGCUGUAAACCUUGUUAAUACUCCUCUUUUCUAACCACACACAUAGAUUCACUCCAUGGAUUGCAUGUAAAGGAGGGACUUGUUUGCUUGGAAAGGACAAUCCUGAGCUGGUCUGUCUUCCUCUGUCACAAUAACUCGCCGCCAUCUGCCUCCUCACACACCUCACACACAUUGUUUGCUCUGCCAGAGGUAACGAACUGUUGAGCAAAAGCUAUUUUAAAAAAAACAACAACAGUGUCCCUUCUUCCAUCAUGCUAACUCUCCUUGUGCCCUUAUUCAUUAAUAAAAGGCAAAGAAUGAAGUGAUUCAAAUAAUGGACUUGAGCAGUGUGGGUCAUCUGCAGCUUCGUAUCACUGCAUGGUUCAUGUUGAUGUGUCUCCUGCAUCCAGGAGUGGCUUUAAUGUUGCUCUGACUCCAGCUGUGUAAACUUGUGUUUAGUAGUCGCAGACUCUAGGGCAGACAUCAGUCAUAGGCUACAUGUGGAACUUUGAUUUUAUUUAUACAGACAGCUGCAAAUGCUUUUAAAAAAAAAUUCUGACAUGUCCUGUAAUCCAGCCAGAUUGCAUCUUUGGUGUGGCCUCAUAUUCUUUCUGUUACUGUUUUAUAUUAAAGGAAUAACUGAUGACUGAACCUGAUGUGGUGUUUAUUAGCUUCCUAACGUUUUAUUUCCACAGGGUGAGUUUUACAAAAUGUGAGGAAGUGAUCUGAAACAAACAGUGUGUGUCGAGCCUACAGUUUCCCACAGACACAAGAAAAGCCAGUUCGUAACGAGACAUUGUCUGUGCAUGAGGGUCUCAAACUCGUGACAGUAUUCUUCCAGAUCGCAACAGUCAAAGAAAAGCGAGAUGAUGAGAAAUCACUAUUGGGCAGUUGUGGCAUAAAAAUAGCACAGAUAAGAUUUACACAAGGAAAGUUGGUGGUGCAGAAAAGAAACAGGAACUUUAAUCUACAGAAAUCUCAGAGACAUCAGAGUUAAGACGCCACACAAAUAAAUAUACAGCCAACUAAAAAUGACUAAACAAGAACAAAUAGAUUGAUAAACUAAAAACUAAUCCUUAGGAAGAACUGGAGAACAACAAUAUCCUGUUCCUUAAAGCAUAUGUUAAGUCUUGUCUAAAUACUCACGUGUCUGUAUCAUGUCACUGCAACUCCAGUGUAAGUGAUGGGAGACAAACACCACAGCCCUCAUUCUAUGAAGAAAUCAUUCCAAAGUUCAGCCAAACUCCAGCUCCAACAGUGUACACUAUGGACCAACUUAGGAAGAUGACAGUCAGACUGCUCGAGUCUCACAGGACAUCUGGGCACAUGAGUUGUAGCAGACUUGAAACAUGACCCCGUCCUUUAAUAUUUUACAAGAUGUUGUGACUGCGUUUCCCAUCAGCACCAUCUCCUUCCUCCAGUGUCUGUGCUGACUUGUUCUCUGGCUGCAGGGGCUUUUUUUCAUGUCCCAUGAAGCUCAGUUAAUGAAUCCUAUUGCAUUCAUAAUAUGAUUGGUGGCUGUAGGCUGCACUGUGUGUAUCCACUGCCUCCUCCCUGCUGCCUACAGGUUCCUGCUGCACUCUCAUUGGUUAUUUCUCUUCCAUUUCACACUCAUUCCUAAGGUGCUUCAACUACAAAUGCAUUCUGCGUUUAGCCAUGAGAAAAAUGUAACAUGUUGUGGUGUGAUUAAACUAGAAAACUGGCUGUGAUAGGCCAAGACUGGAUCCAAAGUGAAGGCCUCUCUACAACAGUCUACGAGGAUUUAAAACCUGAGAUCCUCCUUCAGAGCAUUAACCUGAAUCUGAUCAUCAGGAGUUUGGGGUUCUCUUACUGAUACUGUUGCUUUCACUGAUUAACAUGGCUGAGUCUUGAAUGAACAGAGGUCAGUCACAUCUCUUCAACUCAUUUGUUGCUCAGUUUGUGUUUGAAUCUUUAUA